UGUUCACCGCUCGGGUUGAUGAGGUGUUGCUAGAUUCUCCAACCACCUGAGGGAGGGAAGAUAAAGUGAUUUCUUUUGUGGUGUAUUUUUUUUUCCUUUCGCUUGCACAAUGAGUGCUGGCACGCCAAAAUCUCUGCCUUCUUCGGGCCAGAAAUCUCUCCAGGACAUCUGCCACCCGCUAUCAGCCGAGGAGUGUGUCCUCACACCCAGCCCAGAUGCAGCAAACACCAGCAGCAGCAUCGGCCACAAGGAUUUGAGUCUCCCCAACGGCAAUGCAGUGGACACAUCCAGCCCGGCAUCUUCAUCCUCUCUGCUAAAUCGCUUACAACUGGACGAUGACCUGGAUGGCGAGACGCGGGAUCUCUUUGUGACCGUGGACGAUCCAAAGAAACACGUAUCUGCCAUGGAGACAUACAUUACAUACAGAGUGUCUACUAAGACAACCAGAACGGAGUUUGACCUCCCUGAAUAUUCAGUGCGGCGGCGCUACCAGGACUUUGACUGGCUGAGGAGCAAGCUCGAGGACAGCCAACCAACCCACCUUAUUCCACCGCUACCUGAGAAAUUUGUGAUGAAAGGAGUAGUGGAUCGUUUUUCAGAGGAAUUUGUUGAGACGAGAAGAAAGGCUCUGGAUAAGUUCCUAAAACGGGUUGCCGAUCAUCCUGUCCUUUCCUUCAACGAGCACUUCAACGUUUUCCUGUCUACCAAGGAUUUGAAUAAAAAGCAAGGCCUGGCUCUGCUGUCCAAGAUGGGCGAGUCUGUGAAGUAUGUGACUGGUGGCUACAAGCUGAGAGCGCGGCCGAUGGAGUUCGCCACGAUGGGCGACUAUCUGGACAUGUUCACGCAGAAGCUGGGCACCAUUGACAGGAUAGCACAAAGGAUCAUCAAAGAGCAGUCAGAGUACCUGGUGGAGCUGAGAGAGUACGGGCCACUCUACUCCUCAUGGGCCUCCUCCGAGCAGGAGCUCCAGGAGCCGCUGGAUGGCAUGGCAGGCUGCGUGGCUAACUGCUGCAGCGCGCUGGAGGAACUCACAGAGGACAUGAGUGAUGACUUCCUGCCUGUCUUGCGAGAAUACGUCCUCUAUAUUGAGUCCAUGAAGAAUGUUUUGAAGAAGAGGGACCAAGUCCAGGCUGAGUACGAGGCCAAACUAGAGGCUGUAGCUUUCCGUGAGGAAAAGAGGACAACUAUGCCCACAGAUGUGGAGAAGUGCCAGGACCGGGUGGAGUGCUUCAACGCGGACCUGAAGGCCGACUGGGAUCGCUGGCAGAACAACAAGCGCCAAGAUUUCAGACAGCUGCUGACCGGCAUGGCAGACAAAAACAUCCAGUUCUAUGAAAAGUGCCUUGCAGCAUGGGAGUCGCUCAUUCCACUCUUACAGGACAAACAGGAAGCUAAAUCGGAGACGAACUGAGCAUUACAUCACCUGUUCUCGGGGUCGUGACCUACUGAGACCAGUGUGAGAUCAUGGCGGCGUGUCCUCAUGUAUUUUGGACAUUGGGGACCCAACAGUUCUGGGGAGCAAGAGGAUGGGCUACACAAAGACUCGUAUGAUAUUUUGUUGCAUACGGAUUUGUAAAGUGUGGGGUUUUUUUUUUUUCUUUUUUGUUUGCGAUUUUCAUCCAAGCACCACCUCCUUUCCUCUGGCCUGGACGAACAUGUAAUUUUGUGUUCCACUGAAGCACAGCGAGACAAACCACAGAACAACCUGGAAUUAUCCUCGGCGCUAUUGUAGACGGAAAAAGAGAAGUACAGCAAGCUACACUUGCCAUUUUGCCAAUUAUAUUUUUCCUUUUCUAUAAAUUCCGCUUGCCCUCAGCAUGGUUCUCUUUUCUCGCUGUUUCUUUGUCGUCGUCAUCCUGUGCAUUUGGACCAUGAAGAGACAGGCCAAGGAUCGUCCACAUUCCUCUCACCAAAGUUUGAUGUGUGUUUUUUUUUUUUUUUUUUUUAAGUUUCACGAACACUAUUUAUCUGAUCCGGUGAACUGGCACGAGGUCAUAUCCACUUGAUUUAAAUUUGUCGUUCUGUUUUGGUCGUUGACUGAAUUAAGGUUGUCUUCUCAGCCCUACAUGACCUCAUUUCAAUAUUUAUUAUUCUCAAAUGCUUUUCAGAAUCUCUCCAGAUCGUUGGGCCCAGCUCCACACAGGCUGUUGUGUUCAAAUGAAAGCUGCUAGUAACACGAAAUGCAUUCAGGUCACUCGGGGAGUCAUUUCCUUUCACGCCGACGUCGUUUUUCAGCAGGAGAUGAAACAGUAGAUCUUAGAUAAUUUAUUAUUAUUAUUAUUUUUUUGUGUGUGUUCAUCUCAGCAUUUGGAUGGUAUAAUAUUAAGAAGUACUAAUUAUGAAUAGCUCUGGGAUUUAAACACGUAUUAAUAUCCAUUUCUAAGCAGGGGUUUGAGAUCUAGUUUCGGAGUGAUUGAGAAGUGUGGAACUUUAGCGUUAUUUAGUCUUGUGUUUAUCAUGGAUCAAGCUGUUUUUGGAGGGGGGGUGAAAACGAAAAGGGAACUUGAAAAUACUUUACCUAGGGAUGUUGUUCAUAGGGCUACGUGACACAAGCACUUUCUGACAGCUAGCAUGAACCGACAUUAAAAAAAAAAAGGCUCAUUUCCAUACGUGUAACUUUUUUUUUUUGUUUUAAAUGUUCAAGAUGCCAAUAACCAAGUCAAGUAACAUUUUUUUUUUUUUUUUUUGUUGUUGAGUUUAUGGUACAUGAGCACUAAAUGACUGCUGGUAUAACCUGACAUUUUAUAAAGGCUUAGUCUAACAGGUGUACAUUUCCAUAAAGGCUUUGUUUAAAGGAACA